UGCUCAUUGGCUCCAAAACAGUGAAACACACACUUCCCGUCUUUUUGUUUUUGAUUCCACGCCGCGGAAAUUCCUCAUGAUUUCCUGCCGGAUAUCACAACCCUAGCGCAAUGCUUUUCUGUUUCGGUUUCAGCUUCUUGCCUCUUCAGAUCUGAAAAAGCGUUAUUCAGAUUGUUAGUUUCAAUUUGCUCGAGCUGUUGAACUAAGAUGGAAGAAGCCUUGGUACAACCGGGCGAAGAUGUAGUGGAAAAGCCCUCAAUUUCAGAGAAACAGAUCUCUGCUGGUUCAUCAGAAAGCACAAAAGAGGUUUUGAAAACCGUGGAAGUUAGUGUUGCAUCGGUCUCAAAUCUCUCGGAGGCAACGGGUCAUGUCAGGAAGAGAUUGGACUCCAAAGCUGGUCUGGACUCUGCUUCGAAUGUGAUGAAACCAACUGUAAGUGCGUCACUGAAAAGUUCAAAUGUUGUUCCGGCGGCAAGGCGAAACAGUACAGGAGGCUUGCCCGAGAAGCGGCAAAGCAAUAUUGGUUCGGUUGCGGGGAAAAAGACUACUCCUUUGGGUUUUGCACCAGUAAGGCGGUCUCUUCCGGAAGUUAGGAGUUCAUUGCCUUCACCUAUUACCAAAGCUUCGACGCGAGCUAAAGUGUCGGAGACUAGAAAGUCUGUUCCCGUGUCACCAGUUGGUCGAAGUCUGAACACAUCAACUGGGUCCGAUGUUGCUAAGCAGGAGACUGCGAGGAAGUCUUCAAUGAAGCCAGCAUCAUCAGCCUCUUCUUCUUCUUCUUCUUCUUCUUCUAGAAUGGUUACUUCGACCUCAUUGGGCAGCAGUGGUAGCAGCGGAAUUAGGAAGACGGUUUCAAAGGUUUCUUCCUCGUCAGCUCGGUCACCUUCGGUUUCCAGUGGAUUGAGAGCUCGGUCUUUGUCGUCAUCUCUGGAUAGGAGUUCUAGUUUAUCUGGGCGCAGGAAAGUGGCGACUCCUGAAAGCCGGGAUUCAAGGUUCAUUGCUCUUCCACAGGUGGAGAUUAAAGCUAGUGAUGAUGUGAGGUUGGAUCGUCGAGGUCAUAGAGUUCGGAGUCUCAAUGCUAGUGGCUUGAACUUGUCAGCAAAUUUAGAGUUUGUUUAUCUCAGAGACAAUCUCUUGUCUACAUUGGAAGGAGUUGAGAUACUGAAGAGGGUUAAGGUUCUUGAUUUGAGCUUCAAUGACUUUAAAGGGCCUGGAUUUGAACCACUUGAGAAUUGCAAAGCUCUACAGCAACUAUAUCUCGCUGGGAAUCAAAUUACAUCACUUGCAAGCCUCCCACAGCUUCCUAAUUUAGAGUUUCUUUCUAUUGCUCAAAAUAAGUUGAAGUCUCUUUCAAUGGCUAGUCAACCUCGACUGCAGGUAUUAGCUGCCAGCAAAAACAAAAUUUCAACUCUAAAGGGUUUCCCACAUUUACCACUUCUUGAGCAUUUAAGAGUGGAGCAGAAUCCUAUUCUUAAGUUGCCUCAUUUUGAAGCAGCUUCCAUUUUGCUUGCUGGACCCACUUUGAAAAAGUUUAACGAUAGAGAUCUUUCCCGGGAUGAGCUAGCAUUAGCAAAGCGUUAUCCUGCACACACGGCUUUGUGCAUUAGAGAUGGUUGGGAGUUUUGCCGUCCAGAGCAUGCAGCAGAGUCAACUUUUCGCUUUCUUGUCGAGCAAUGGAAGGAUCAUUUGCCUUUGGGGUACCUGCUCAAGGAAGCUUCUAUUGAUCAGCCUUUUGAAGAAGAUGCUUGUCGUUGCCACUUUACUUUUGUCCAGGACAGCACAUUGAGCACUGACCCACAUGUAGUUUUGAACUGUCAAUGGUUUGUGGGAGAGAGUGUGCUUUCAGAUUUUGCCGCUAUUCCUGAUGCUACUGAAGAGGUUUACUGGCCAAAGCACGAAGACAUUGAUAAAAUCUUGAAAGUGGAAUGUACACCCCUACUCGGAGAAACAAAGUAUCCUUGUAUUUUUGCCGUAAGCUCACCAGUUUCACCAGGAACUGGAAUUCCAAAGGUUGUGAACCUUGAAGUCCAUGGGGAACUGGUGGAGGGAAAUAUCAUUAGGGGUUAUGCCGAGGUUGCAUGGUGUGGUGGGACUCCAGGGAAAGGUGUUGCUAGCUGGUUAAGGAGAAAAUGGAACAGCAGCCCUAUGGUAAUUGCUGGAGCAGAAGAUGAGGAGUACCGGUUGACUCUAGAUGACAUUGAUUCAAGUUUGGUUUUUAUGUACACACCAGUAACAGAAGAUGGUGCUAAAGGAGAACCUCAAUAUAAAUAUACUGAUUUUGUAAAAGCAGCUCCUCCAUCGGUCAGUAAUGUUCGAAUUAUUGGUGAUGUUGUUGAAGGAAAUGCCAUCAAAGGAGUUGGUGAUUACCUGGGAGGAAGAGAGGGUCCCAGCAAGUUUGAAUGGUUACGUGAGAAUCAGGGUACUGGUGACUUUCUACGAGUGUCAACUGGUACAUCCAAGUAUAUCUUGACCAAAGAAGAUGUUGGGCGAGUCUUGGCUUUUGUAUAUAUACCCACCAAUUUAGAGGGGCAGGAAGGGGAAUCUGUAUUAGUAGUGUCUCAUGUGGUGAAGCAAGCACCACCCAAGGUAACAAAAGUAAAGAUAAUUGGUGAAUUGCGGGAGAACAGCAAGAUUACUGUAACUGGUAUUGUUACUGGCGGAACUGAGGGUUCUAGCAGAGUACAGUGGUUCAAGAAAAUAUCAUCCAUAUUGGACGGUGAAGAAGAUCUUGAAGUGUUGAGCACAUCCAAGAUUGCCAAGGCGUUCCGCAUACCACUAGGAGCUGUUGGCUAUCACAUUGUUGCCAAAUAUACUCCAAUGACUCCAGAUGGUGAAUCUGGUGAACCAGCAUAUGCGAUAUCAGACAGAGCCGUUGAGACUCUUCCCCCAAGCUUGAAUUUCUUAACUAUUACUGGUGAUUACACUGAAGAUGGAAUACUGACUGCAUCAUAUGGUUACAUAGGGGGACAUGAGGGGAAAAGCAAAUACAAUUGGUAUCUUCAUGAGGUUGAAACUGACUCCGGUUCUCUUCUACCUGAGGUUUCAGGACUUCUUCAGUAUCGUAUUACCAAGGCUGCAAUCGGUAAAUUUAUUUCCUUCCUAUGUACUCCAAUACGUGAUGAUGGCAUUGUGGGCGAGCCAAGAACUUGCAUGGGGCAGGGACGUGUUCGCCCUGGAAGCCCAAGGUUGCUUUCUCUACAAAUAGUUGGGAAUGCUAUUGAAGGAACCACGCUAAGUGUUGAAAAAAAGUAUUGGGGUGGUGAAGAGGGAGAUUCACUGUUCUGCUGGUUCCGGACUAGUUCAGAUGGCAUGCAAAAUGAAAUUAAGGGUGCAUCUACUUCGUCAUACAUGCUCUCAGUUGAAGACAUUGGCUUCUUUAUUUUGGUUUCAUGUGAGCCUGUAAGAAGUGACUGGGCUCGUGGCCCCAUUGUUCUUUCUGAACAAAUUGGACCUAUAAUAUCUGGCCCCCCAACCUGUCAAUCUUUAGGGUUUCUCGGAUCAAUGAUAGAAGGGCAACGUGUGAGCUUUGUCGCCUCUUAUAGUGGAGGGUAAGAAAAGGGAGAUUGCUCCCAUGAAUGGUUUAGAAAGCAAAGUACUAGCAUACGGGAGAGAAUAAGUACUUUUGAUUUUGUGGAUUUGACUCUUGAGGAUGUGGGAAGAUGCAUUGAACUUGUUUACACUGCCGUGCGGAAAGAUGGAAUGAAAGGGAGUCCUAGGAGCAUAGUAUCUGACAUAAUUGCUCCUGCGGAUCCUAUAGGAGUGGAUCUGGAAAUUCUUGAUUGCAUUGAGGACAAGGAGAUUGUCCCACGAAAGACAUAUUUUGGUGGACAAGAAGGUGUCGGACAAUAUAUUUGGUACAGAACAAAGAAUAAGCUACAUGCUUCUGCAUUAACAGAUAUAUCUAGUGCUAGUGAAGAUGCUGUUAUAUGUGGUAAAACACUAACUUAUCUACCAUCGCUUGAAGAUGUUGGGGCCUACUUGGCCUUAUAUUGGCUGCCCACUCGUGCUGAUGGCAAAUGUGGGAAGCCAUUGGUUGCAACAUCCAAUUCUCCAGUUGCUCCAGCUCUUCCAGUUGUUUCUAAUGUUCGUGUGAAGGAGUUGUCGUCUGGUGUUUAUUCUGGAGAAGGUGAAUAUUUUGGUGGGUAUGAGGGAUCAAGCCUUUUCAGCUGGUAUAGAGAAACUAAUGAGGGCACUGCUAUUCUUAUCAAUGGAGCUAACUUGAGUACCUUUGAAGUUACUGAUUCGGAUUACAAUUGCCGCUUGUUAUUCGGAUACACUCCAGUCCGUUCAGAUUCAGUUGUGGGAGAACUCAAAUUGUCGGAACCAACUGAUAUUGUUCUCCCAGAGCUUCCAAAAAUUGAGGUGCUUGCUCUCACUGGAAGGGCAGUUGAAGGUGAUAUACUUACUGCUGUCGAAGUAAUUCCAAAGAGUGAGACUCAACAAUGUGUAUGGAGCAAGUACAAGAAAGGUGUCAAAUACCAAUGGUUCUGUUCAUCAGAUGUUGAAGAUAGAAACUCGUAUGAACCAUUACCUACACAAUAUUCCUGCUCCUACAAGGUCCGGCUGGAGGACAUUGGCCGAUGUCUGAGAUGUGAAUGCAUUGUAACCGAUGUGUUUGGGAGGUUGACUGAACCAGUAUAUGCAGAGACUGCACCUGUAUUGCCAGGGAUUCCUAGAAUAGAUAAGCUGGAGAUUGAGGGGAGGGGCUUCCACACCAACUUGUAUGCUGUUCGUGGAAUUUAUAGUGGAGGAAAGGAAGGAAAAAGUAGAAUUCAGUGGCUUAGGUCAAUGGUUGGAAGUCCUGAUCUGAUCUCUAUACAAGGAGAAAUAGGAAGGAUGUAUGAAGCUAAUGUGGAUGACGUGGGAUACAGGUUGGUGGCCAUUUAUACCCCUGUAAGAGAGGAUGGGGUUGAGGGGGAACCCGUUUCUGCAUCAACAGAGCCAAUUGCAGUUGAGCCUGAUGUUUUUAAAGAAGUGAAGCAGAAGCUUGAUCUUGGAUCUGUGAAGUUUGAGGCAUUGUGUGACAAGGAUCGAUCUUCCAAAAAGGUAGUUUCAGUAGGGAGUCUCGAGAGAAGAAUCCUAGAAGUUAAUAGAAAACGAGUCAAGGUUGUAAAGCCAGGGUCUAAAACUUCUUUUCCAACUACUGAAAUUCGUGGAAGUUAUGCACCUCCUUUUCAUGUGGAGCUUUUCCCAAAUGACCAACAUCGACUUCGAAUUGUAGUGGACAGUGAUAAUGAAGUAGACUUGUUGGUGCAGUCCCGGCAUCUCCGUGAUAUUGUAGUGCUUGUGAUCAGAGGCUUUGCCCAGCGAUUCAAUAGUACAUCUCUCAAUUCUCUCCUCAAAAUAGAAACAUAAGUCUAGCUAAGAAGUGUAAAGUGAAUUGAUUCAAAAAAUAUAUCUAUGAACUAUGAAUCAGUUUUUAAGGCAUGCAUGUCAUCUCCGCUUUAUUUUUUUCCGUUGUACCUUUAGCACAUUACCAAUGCUUGUUUUCAUUGCAAUAUUUAUUAUUUUCCUUGCAAGAAAUGUUGUGCAGUGAUCAAAGGAUACUAGAAGUUGCUGUCAUAAUCACUGUAUAUUACGUAUGAAUGAUAUAUUUUUAAGCUA